UCGCAUUCGACGUGCACCUAUUUUGAGAAAUGUGUGGAAAGGGUAUAAAAAGGUAGGAAUGUUCAGUUAAUGGAGUUCAGUUUACGUGAAGCUUUUUUCUGGUGAACAGUGGUUAGAAAAAUGGCCCAAAGUACGCUAAGUGUAAUAUUCUUAAUUUUCAAUUGUUUCCUUUUCAUUGAGAGUGUUCCAACAACUCUUGAAACUCCUGUUCGCUACGAUGGUGCUCAGUUGUGGAAUGUCAGCCUGUCUGAUGAACAAACGAGAAAAAUUGUUUUUGAUUUAGAAAAUGAAUUUGAUGUAUCAUUUUGGCGCACUAGCAACGCCGCAGCCGAUAUGUUUUUAAAGAAAUCGGUCAUCGAGAGUGCUCGUCAAAUUCUUAAUGAAAAUAAUAUUGAAUAUUCGGUUCGCGUUGAGGAUAUGCAAAAGCACAUCGAGCGUGAGAGUCGACAACCAUACAGAGACGGCCAACAAAAUUAUGGUUUAACUUGGGAUGCUUAUUAUUCGCUCAACGAUAUCUUAUUGUUUUUGGACAAUUUGGUUGAAAAAUACCCGAACUUGUGCUCUCUCGAAACGAUCGGAUACUCACACGAAAAUCGACCAUUGAAAGUUUUAAAAAUAUCGAACGGAAAGUCAGGAAAUAAGGCCAUUUGGAUUGAUGGUGGAAUUCAUGCACGUGAAUGGAUUAGUCCGGCUUCAGUAACAUACAUUGUGAACGAUUUGGUUGAAAAUUGGAAUAAUCAACCUGCAUACAUUCAAAAUGUGAAUUGGUAUGUGUUGCCAGUUCAUAACCCAGAUGGAUAUGAAUACACUAGAAAUACGAAUCGUAUGUGGCGAAAAAAUCGCUCGAAAGGCAGCAACAGCAAAUGUUUUGGCGUUGAUUUAAAUCGAAAUUUUGGAUUCAAAUGGGGUGGAAAAGGUGUAUCACACGAUUCAUGCAGUGAAAUAUAUGCGGGAAGUGGUCCAUUUUCAGAACCUGAAUCGACAGCGGUUGCAGACUUCUUUGCCAAUAACACAGAAAAUUUCGAAGCAUUCCUUACGUUCCAUAGUUAUGGUCAAUGGAUUUUAUAUCCAUGGGGCUAUGAUAAUGGUAUUCCAACAGACGAUGCCGAAGAAUUGGAUUUAGCUGGCAGAGAGGCCUCAGAAAAUAUGAAAGCACUAGACGGUCAAGUGUAUACAGUCGGGAACUCAGCAGAUUUGUUGUACCCAGCCGCAGGUGCUUCUGAUGAUUACGGAAAAAGUAUUGGCAUCAAAUACAGUUACACAAUUGAAUUGAGGGACACGGGACGUUAUGGAUUCAUAUUGCCACCCGAAUUUAUUCUACCAACCGCCAAAGAGGCCCAUACAUUCGUUCACACUAUUGCUCGAAUUGUGGCAAAAUAAGAUGUCGAAAGUAUAAAUGAGAAAAAUAAAUUUUUGUCACCUUCGUCUAUAUUUUGUGUUGAUCGACGAAUGGAAUAAUUAAGUACCUUACUAUUUUAGCAAAAUAUAUUUUCGACAAAAAAGUCUUAUCUUCAUAAUGCCUAUAAUCUAUGAUGACCGCCACGUACUUAUAUUUUUUUAUUUAUAAAAUCGGAAAAGACGAUUUAUUUUUCAUUGAGCCUAAACUAUUGGAUAAGCAUUUUUGUGUUCACAUUAACUGUGCACAUACAAACUUUGUGUCGACAUCCAUGAUUCAUGUGACAUCUUCAGACCCCAUUCAAUAAAUCAUUUGUUUUAAAUUGGA